CAUGAUCACGCGCCAGCGAUUCGUCAACCCGGCAAACCUCGGUCCAAAGUUCCCCAGAUCUCCACACCCGGCUACUUUAAAGCCACGCGCAACUCCUUCGCCAUGUAGUCACUCACUGCGCACUCGACUACCUUCAAGAUGUCGUCCACAGCAUACGUCCCCUUCUCUGAGCCCGGAUAUAUCACCGGCCUGCCCUCCCCUUACUAUCAAGAAACCCAUCUGCGCUGGCAGAAAGCAUGUCGCGAGUUCGUCGGCAAGCACUUGAUUGAGAAGGGUCUGGAGUGGGACACAGCAGAGGAUGUACCGCCGCAUGUCUUUGAGACGUUUGCGAAGAAUAGUAUGCUGUUGCCUUCGCUCCCCGCGCCGCUGCCGGUCGAGUGGUUGAAGAAGCUGGGCAUACACGAUAUCCUGGGCACGGUGAAGGUCGAGGAGUGGGAUUAUAUACACACAAUGAUUUACACUGACGAGAUGGCACGCUCCGGCCUCGCUGGCCCAGGCGGCAGUCUCACAACCGGCAUGGCCUUCGGCGUCCCCCCUAUCAUCAAAUUCGGCUCCGCACAGCUGCAAGAGCGCUUCCUGCCCGACCUCCUGACCGGCCGCAAGCGCACCUGCAUUGCAAUCACUGAGCCUGAAGCCGGGUCAGACGUGGCGAACAUCACGACCACGGCGACCAAGACGCCAGACGGGAAACACUACAUCGUCAACGGCACAAAGAAGUGGAUCACAAACGGCAUCUGGAGCGAGUACAGCAGUAUGGCGGUACGCACUGGCGGGCCCGGCCCCUCAGGGCUCAGCAUGCUAGUCGUUCCGCUGAAAGGGAACCCAGGCGUGAGCAUGCGUCGCUUGAAAGUUGGCGGGCAGAUCACCGCGGGAACGACGUUCAUCGAGCUCGACGAUGUCAAGGUGCCGGUUGAAAACCUCAUUGGCGAAGAGGGCAUGGGCAUGAAGUACAUCAUGACCAACUUCAAUCACGAGCGGCUCAAUAUCGCAAUUGGCGCCACCCGCCAAGCUCGUGUCGCUCUUGGUGCGGCGGUGGAGUAUGUGAUCAAGCGCGAGGCGUUUGGGAAGCCGCUCAUCGAACAGCCUGUUGUAAGGCAUAGGCUGGCCAAGGCGGGCAUUCUGCUCGAAAGCCAGUGGGCGUGGGUCGAGCAGUUCGUGUACCAGUUGACGAAGCUGUCGAAGGAGACAGCGGACAUCGAGUUGGGCGGGUUGACCGCCAUGGUCAAGGCGCAAAGUGGUAUCGUGCUGAAUGAGUGCGCGCAGACGGCGCAGUUGCUAUUCGGAGGCAACGGGUACACGAAGAGCGGACAGGGCGAGCUGGUUGAGCGUAUCUCCCGCGAAGUGCCGGGCAUUCGCAUUCCCGGUGGAAGUGAGGAUGUGAUGCUCGACUUGGGGGUGAGGCAAUUGGUCAAGAACUUUAAGAACAAGACAAAGGCGUUGGAGAGAGCGCAGGGGUCGUCGAAGUUGUAGGCUUUAGGGCUGUAAGAUAUGGAAGCAAUCGAUUACGAAGUGAUUCAUUCGUCUACCUGGGCCUGGAGAUUCUUCACUGUGGAUCGAGUGUGAUAUCCUGUAUCUAUCUC